AUGGCCUUCUGGGUCUAUUUGGCUUUUGUCCAGUAUACAUUUCCAGCCUCGGUCAACUCACAUCGGGGCGUUGAGGAGGAUUCCAGUUGCAGCACGAACAUUGUAUCAAUCUUGAAUAAUGAUGACCACCCGUCGUUUGCCGUCCGGUCCAACCCCAGACAUACAUCCAGCCAACCCUCGCCAUCAUUGAAUUCUCAGCCAGAACAACUUCCCCCGCUCGCUGGCGAGGCUCAAUACAACCAUCAUUCUCAUGCCUCAUCAGCAUCACCAACAGCAUCACCACGGAGUACUCGCCACACAAUUAUGGAACCCAUACAACCCACCUCCCCGGGCUCAUCUGACGGAUCCGCCUAUGAAUAUCUGACAAGCCACGCCCCUUCAUCCGCCUACCACCCAUAUGCCCGACAAGAUUCGCGACGCGAUGCCUAUCGAUUUCCAUCAAGGGGCCCAGUGGCGCCUCGCACGCCGCCAGAAAUCCAGUCAACAUCCGGGGCAGAGGCGAAGUCAUCAUCAUCCGGAGGGACACGAGGCACAGGGCCAAAGAAUAAAUAUCCAUGUCCUUACGCGGCCAGCCACGGGUGCUCUGCUACAUUCACAACAUCCGGGCAUGCAGCACGUCAUGGGAAGAAGCACACGGGCGAGAAGAGUGUGCAUUGUCCGAUUUGCAACAAGGCCUUUACCCGCAAGGAUAACAUGAAGCAACACAUUCGUACGCACCGCACGCAUUCGGAUGAAAUGCGCUCGACGUCCGAGCCGGAGGCAGACCCGCGCUGGGCCGCUGUGUCGAGACCUGAGUCUGGCUAUACCUCUGCGCAUAAUCGGACUGUCAGUCAGUCCACUGAUGCUAGCAAUGCUAGUGUGAUGCCUCCGCCGGGCGCUCGAUUAAAUCAGCAUCAAUCCUGA